UAUUCCGGUGACCGGUGUCGUGCAUAUUUUGCAGAAUCACCAUGGCGCUGAAAGAGACUGCAGGUUUAUAUGAGACACUGAAAACAGAGUGGAACAAGAAAAACCCCAGCCUGAGUAAAUGUGGAGACCUCCUGACCAAACUUAAGAUUUCAUUACUGGAGCUGAACUUUUUACCUACCAGUGGGUCCGCUCUCACCAAGCAGCAGCUCAUUUUAGCUCGCGAUGUCCUUGAAAUCGGAGCCUUGUGGAGCAUCCUCAAGAAAGACAUCCCCUCCUUUGAGCGAUACAUGGCCCAGCUAAAAUGUUACUACUUCGACUACAAGGAGGAGCUACCUGAAUCUGCAUACAUGCACCAGUUACUGGGGCUGAACCUGCUCUUCCUGCUCUCACAGAACCGCGUGUCUGAGUUUCACACAGAACUCGAGAGGCUGAGUGCACGAGAUAUUCAGACCAACGUUUACAUCAGGCACCCAGUGUCCUUGGAGCAGUACUUGAUGGAGGGAAGCUACAACAAGGUAUUUCUUGCCAAAGGAAACAUUCCUGCUGAGAGCUACACCUUUUUUAUAGAUAUUCUGCUUGACACUAUUCGUGACGAGAUUGCCGGUUGCAUAGAGAAAGCGUACGAGCAGAUCCAGUUCAGCGAAGCCACUCGUGUGCUUUUCUUCAGUUCCCCCAAAAAGAUGACAGACUACGCCAAGAAGAGGGGAUGGACUUUGAGUCCAGACAACUAUUACUCUUUCACCAAUCAACAGCAGCGGACAGAAGAGGUGAACAUCCCCUCCACAGAGCUGGCACAACAGGUCAUCGAAUAUGCACGACAGCUGGAAAUGAUUGUGUAAUCCAACCCCAGGAAAACACACUCGACCAUGAACAGACACACACACACACACGCCACUGAUCCAGUAUACAUCCAGUCAGCUCGAAUGCAGUUUUCCUUUGUUGAGGGAUAUAACUUCAUUUAUUGCCACAGUGGCUCACUUAUUGUCAAUACAUUAUAAAUCAAUGAACAUUUAUUUUGUGGUGUUUUUCUUUUUUUCACUUAUUAAAAAAUGUGGGGGUACUAAGAGGUGAACAGUCUAUAUCUACCUUUUUAUUAAAGAUAUUAAAGGGUUUAAAUGUUAGUUAAUGAUCCAAGAUAUAUGUCCAACUCUUUGCCUUUUAAGGGUCAUUCCACGACGAAAAAAAGAGCCCUACUCAAGUCCAGCUAGUAAAUUUAAGAAACUCUCAUCUCCAGUUAUAAUCACAAACCUGUGACUUUGCAUUUCUGUGUCAAACCAAAACAUGUUUUACCCCCCCCAAUUUCAAAUUUCAGCAAAUUCUUUUUUUAUAAUAAAAAGUUCAUUUUAAACUCGGCGGAGCUCACAGGAAACGUAUUGCCCUUGCCUUGUAUCCUAGCAACCAACAGAAUUGCCAAUUGAAGUUUUGUGAGUGUUUUCUAAAUGCCCCUGCCCCCAGACGGUUUGUAAUCCAGUUAGUCUUACAAUGCAAAUCUUUGUCUGCAAUAAACGAUUCAGAAAAUAAACUUUUUUUGAAUGACUGUG